AACUCAACACUCUUGUCCUCCGGGACCUACUGGGGUCAAUUCGAAGAGAUCGGAAAGUACAAUACCAACCUCAACGUUGCAGAAAGGUUAUGGGCUGCCUGGUAUGCUUGGAUGCAAAACGAUGUCCUGGCCACCGGAAUCAUGUCUUUUGUUAUGCAUGAAUUGGUCUACUUUGGUCGCUCGCUUCCUUGGAUUUUCAUCGACACAUUGGGCUUGUUCAAUCGUUACAAGAUUCAGGGUAACAAGAUCCCUUCCCUUCGUGAACAAUGGGACUGUGCCAAGUUCGUCCUCUUGAGUCAUUUCACCGUUGAAUUACCUCAAAUUUGGCUUUUCCACCCAAUGGCACAGUUCUGUGGACUUUCGACCUCGAUCCCUUUCCCGAACGUUUGGACCAUGGCGUUCCAGAUUGCCAUCUUCUUCGUGAUGGAGGAUACCUGGCAUUACUUCUCCCACCGUGCUCUUCACUGGGGUCCCCUUUACAAGGCCAUUCACAAGAUUCACCACCAGUACUCGGCCCCCUUCGGUUUGGCUGCAGAAUACGCCUCUCCCAUUGAGGUCAUGAUCUUGGGCUUUGGCACCGUGGGAUGUCCCAUUCUUUGGUGUGCUAUGACCGGUGAUCUACAUAUCCUCACUAUGUAUAUCUGGAUCGUGCUGCGCUUGUUUCAGGCCAUUGAUGCUCACAGUGGAUAUGAAUUCCCAUGGAGUCUGCACCACUUCCUUCCCUUUUGGGCUGGUGCCGAUCAUCAUGAUCUGCACCAUGAGAAGUUCAUUGGCAAUUACGCUAGCAGUUUCCGGUGGUGGGACUACGUUCUCGACACCGAGUACACCCCAGAUGCGUUGAAGCGGCGUCGGGAGAACAAGGCCAAGGCUCCCAAGGCACAGUGA